CUGGUUUAAGAAAGAAAGAAGAUUGAAACGAAUGCACACAAACUAAAAAGGCAAUCAAAACUAAUUGUGUAUUAACGACAACAAAAAUAAAAAAAACUUCUACAGGGAAUUUGUCUGUGCUUUGUUUCUCAUCGGACCCAUUAAGUAGCCACACCGCUCCUCCACCUGGAAGCACACCACCACGUUUUGAUGCGCGAAGUUUUCCUGCGUAAAAUCGCCCCUUUGGAGACAAAUGAAAGCAUGUUUUACUGGAAGGACAGCUCCAAGAGUGUGGAGGAAAUGUCUAAAUGCGACAUCCUGAGAGGCAUCGUGACGGAGAAGCUGAGCACCGCGCUGCAGGAGAUCCUCGCGGUGUUACAGAGAACUGUGUCCGGGUACGAGGAGGAGGCCUCGGGCCUGAGGAGGGAGAUCAGCCAGCAGAACAUCCAGCUGGAGCUCCUGAAGCCCCGGAUCAAUCUGCAGAGGAGAGCCCUGGUUCCAGCCGCUGAAGACCACGUGGUGGUUUCCAGGGGAGAGGAGCAGCCAGCUGAGCAGGAGACGGGCAGCCUCGGCAUGCUGUGGUACGACGAUGAUGAUGAAGAGGAAGAGCAGCCGAAACCAGAUCCCAAAGACCCCGAUUUUCAAAUAACACCCAGGCUGGUUCCCCCCCGAGCGUCUGACCGGCCUCAGAGAGAAGUCACCCUCAGGGUCUGCAUCCUGGAGGACGCCCGCAGCCUCGUGCUCUCCAACACCGUGUUUGACAGGUGCCCGGUGCAGGAGGUGUGUUUCCCGCGCGGUCUCUCGGAGGAACAGUUCCUGCUUCUUCUUCGCUCCUCGUUUCCUCGGCUGACGGACGACUUCGAGUUCUUCACCUCCGACCGCACGAAGACGCUGAAGCCGCUGCAGGUGGACUCUCUGACGGCGGAGAAGGUCAGCAGCAGAAUCCGAUCCUCCAACCUCUACAUCCGCCUCAAGAACAGAGAGGAUUCUGGGAGCUGUGAAUCUGUCGGUCCUCGUCAGAAAGGAGAGUCUCCGUCGGGCUCCGUCACCUCAUCAGCUGACGAGACGGAAGCAUACAGCAGGUUAUCGCCGCCCAGAGUUCAGACUGCCAGGCGCAGGAGAGGCAGACCCCCCCUGGAGAAGAAGCAAACCAACAACAACCUCCUCCUGAGAGUCUGCAUGCUGGGAACCUGCCGCUCAGACGUGCUGUCAAACAAAGUGUUUAAGAAGUACCCGGUGAAGGAGGUGUGCUUCCCCCCCGGCCUCUCGGAGGAAGACUUCCUGCUGCUCCUUCGCUCCUCUUUCCCUCGGCUGACGGACAGCAGCAGACUCGAGUUCCUCCGAACGGACCGGAGCCGCCGGCUGCAGAGGAUCCAGCUGGAGACACUGACUCCAGAGGACAUAUUAAGAACCAGGAGCAGCGGGGGGGAGAAGACGCUGCUCUACCUCCGUCUCAGGAAAGGAGCGGAGGAUGAGGAGGAGGAUGAGGAAGAGGAGGAGGAUGAGGAAGAGGAGGAGGAGGAGGAAGAGGAGCGCCACCUUUCAAAUGAUGUGGUGAUGAAACCUGACGAAACCGAGCUCAGUUCAAGUCGUGUCCAGCAUGCAGACCCGUGCAGCAGCAACACAUCCCAGGAACAGGAAGUAGAGACCCAGGAAGUAGAGACCCAGGAAAUAGAGACACAGGAAUUAAAGAUCCAGGAAGUAGAGACACAGGAAUUAAAGAUCCAGGAAGUAGAGACACAGGAAGUAGAGGCACAGGAAUUAGAGGCACAGGAAGUAGAGACACAGGAAGCGGCAGAAUCCAGCGAUGACGAAAUGGCAAACGAGGCGUCGGACGGAGACUGGAAACCCGACGCUGAGACGAGGCAAAGCGGCGCUAAGAGAGAGAAGUUUGGGGGUAAAAAUCUGUGUAAAGUGUGCGGCAUUUCAUACAUUCUCCUUGGAAGCCUCGUCAAACACGCCUGGAGUCACGUGGGCGAAGAAGAAGCGCCGUGCGUCUGUGGCGUCUGUGGCGACCUCUUCGAAACCUCAGAGGAAUUAAAGUCUCAUCUGAAAAACAAAUACAAAAAGACCCACGAGUGCUCGUUCUGCAGGAAGUCCUUCCUCACCGUCACCGGGCUGAAGCGCCACGUCACGCUGCACACGGGCGACCGGCCAUUUAAAUGCGACGUCUGCGGAAAAGCCUUUGCACACGCCUCCAAUUUAAGCAUCCACAGAUGGGUGCAUCGAGAAGAGAAACCAUACAAAUGCGACGUGUGUCCGAAGGCGUUUGGAUUAAAGGGGUCGUUUCAGGCUCACAGACGGCUUCACGGCAAGAGAGAGCGUUUCAUCUGCAACGUUUGUGGGAAAUCGUUAUUAGACAUGAGAUCGUUAACCAGACACAAAUCCACGCAUUCUGGCGAACGUCGAUACGGCUGUGAGAUCUGCGGGAAGCGUUUCAAACUCCCGGGAACUCUGAGAUCUCACAAGAAAACCCACACGGUGCGCGAGAAAACGUUCCUCUGCCACAUCUGCUGUAAGACUUUCGUGACCAACGGCGGUUUGAUGAUGCACCUGAAUAUGCACUCAGGCGAGCGGCCGUUUCCGUGCUCCGUCUGCGGUAAAAGGUUCAUGUCCAACGGCUAUAGAAAAUCGCACAUGCGAACUCACACGAACGAGGCGCCGUACGAGUGUAAGGAGUGCGGACGCUUCUUUAAACGCAAGACGCAUCUGAAUAAUCACGUGAGGGGCCACCUGGGCAUCAAGCUGUUUGUGUGCAGUGUCUGCGGGAAGGCGUGUUCACGGCAGGAACACCUGACCGUUCACAUGAGGACGCACAACGGAGAGAGACCCUACCAAUGCACCGUCUGCGCGAAAGCCUUCACUCAGAGCCACUGCCUGAAGACGCACAUGAAGAGCCACCACCAAGGAGACGAAGGGUUCCUGAACGCAACGUGCCCUUAACAACUGAGAACCAACGUCAAUCUGAGCAGUUUUUGAAAAAUGUCCGUCCCUCUUACAGAGUCCAAGCUGAUGUGUUUAAUGUUCCACUUUAAGAUGAUAUCAAACAGAAAAUAUCCAAAUCUCAAGAUUAGAGACAAAAAAACAUUUAAAGUGUUUAAAUUUAAACAAACGUUCUUUUUAAAAUCAUGUAGCAUUUAAACUGAAAACCAAUUGAACUUGGAAAAUAAAUGCUUUGUAAAAGAAAACUCAAGAUAAAGUGAGUAACGGUAUUUUUUCUGUUAAAAAGAUAUUCGACAAUAGCCAGCUUUUACAGAGAAAAUAGGAAUUUAGAAACACAUUUUUCUGUCUACAAAUGUUCUACUAUUUUCUAUAAACCAAAAAAAUUAAAUAAAGUUUUUAGUGUAGGAGUUUAUUGCGAGUUUAAUAAUAAAGAAACGGGUUGCAUUGUAUAAACAUUUUUAGUUUAAAGACUAUUAAAGCUCUGUGUGUUUUUACAGCUCAUGCAACGUUCACCGUAAACUCCUGUUAAAGUCGUCACAUUUCUUACAUGUUUACUUCUUGUAGCGUUAAAUAAGUUAGUAUAAUAUUCUCACCAUGUGUGUUGCAUUCAGGGCAAGUGGGAAAUCGGAUGUUGUAUCAAAACAACAGUUUAAAUAGGCAUAUAUCCUUAAUUCUAUGCAUGUUUAGUUAAAGUGAUAAACGUCAAUCAAAACUUCGAAAUCCCACGUGUUCCUGAGUGCAGCAUGGUGCCUUAAAGUGCAUGUUUUGCAUUUUAGAUAUUACUCAAAUAUUUACCGUACAUAUGUUACUUCUGUAGCUAGUUGUAUUCUGUGUAUGUGACCAAAAUAAAUAGAAGAAAAUCUCCCACA